GAUAACUCGGCGAAACGACCCAGUUAGCAGCAUAGUUUCCAGGAGCAGGGAGGACAGAGGCGCGCUGCCAAAAUGAUGGAAGAAAUAGAUAGAUUUCAAGUGCCGAGCGCCGUGCAGGAGGCAGAGAUGCAGGCUGAGAUGCAGCCGCUGGACCCUGCCUCAUCCGCAGCCUCAGAGGCCGACUCAGACACCAGAGAGGGGGAACCCGUCACUAUCAACUACAAGCCCUCCCCCCUGCAGAUGAAAAUAGAGAAACAGAGAGAACUUGCUAGGAAGGGUUCGUUGAAGAACGGCAACACUGUAGGCAGUCCAGUCAAUCAGCAGCCCAAGAAGAACAAUGUCAUGGCCAGAACACGGUUGGUAGUCCCCAAUAAAGGCUAUUCCUCUUUAGACCAGAGCCCAGACGAAAAGCCAUUGGUGGCCCUAGACACAGACAGUGAUGAUGACUUUGACAUGUCUAGAUACUCAUCGUCAGGAUACUCCUCUGCUGAGCAAAUCAACCAGGAUCUGAACAUCCAGCUGCUGAAGGAUGGUUACCGCCUAGACGAGAUCCCGGAUGACGAAGACCUGGAUCUGAUCCCGCCCAAGUCAGUCAACCCCACCUGCAUGUGCUGCCAGGCAACCUCCUCCACCACCUGUCAAAUACAGUAACCCAGCCCCGCUCUGACCAUUUUACCCGUCCCCUUUCCACACAACAUAACCCCUGAU